AUGUCCAUCGAUGACGCCUCCCCAUUCUCUGUAAAAUGGACACCAGCGAUAAGUUACGAAGAGAUGUUGGCACGGAGCACCCCUCGCCCGGACACUAGAUUCGACCACUAUCAACAACAUCUUCACGAUGGAACGACCGAAAAACUGAAACCGAUUCAAAUGAUACCAGAGGAAGACAAACCGCUGAAGGUUGUGUUUGCAAAAAAGGAAACUCAGAUAUAUUCGAUACAUGCACCCCCACCACAACUCCUUGUACAGUACCCUCAGUUCCCGGAGCGCAGUCCGUCACCUGCUCCGGAAGCUUCCGUCUCGGGUCUCCAUCCUCCUACUCCUCCCGAUCUUCCUGCAGCACGUUCGCCCGUUGCUGACCCGAACGACAUCACUCCUGAAAUGGCAAUCAAGAUAUUGGAUAGACCACUCCGCGAUGAAUCGAACCCACCGGACACCCGGGAAAUUGUGAAUGCUUUCAAUCGAUGGAGAAUGGCGAAUGGGAACAACGCGGCUCACAUCGCCACACAUAUCCUCGGAGUGAAUAAGACAACGGUCCGGGAUUACUGUGUCACUCCUCAGCCAUGGAAUGAGUUGAAAUAUGAGAAAAUGAUUUAUUUGCGAAUGCACAAUUGGACGAGACUCUCUUCAGAAGCAAGGGAACGCAUAUGGGAAAUGGAUUUGGCCAAGGAGAGAGCCAAGAAUGGUUCCCCUGAAAAACCCAAAGCCAUCAUAACCCCCUUGCCGGAUGAUGUAAAAGAAAUGAUUUUGAAUGAAAUGCGACAAGCGCCGGACCAAGUAUUGAAUGAACCAUAUCUGAGACAAUGGGCAAUUGAGAAGGGAUUUAAUUACCCUCCAAUUAAGAAUUUCCAUCAUUAUAUGAGGUCUCGUAUCAGAGAGGGAUUUCCGAUCUGA